GCGGAGCUGGGGGAGAGGGGAAGUAAGACGGUGGCUGGGGCCCUCGUCCUAGUUCUGUCCGGUCGGCUCCUUGCUUUCCUCCUGCAGCGGGGAUGGCAGCCGCUGCUCUGAACGUCAAGGACCCGGGGCGAGCUGGGGGAAUUGCCACAGCCCGCCUCAAGAUCCUGCUUGGACACCUCCAGGGCCCCGAGGCCCCAGCGAUCACAGCUUACCCGACUUCAGCUGCUGUUGUACCUGUCCGUUUACAUCCUCAGAAAUUCCAGUACACUGUGGAUAAUGAUGUCUUAACCCUAGAACAGAGGCAAUUUUAUGAGGACAAUGGUUUCCUGGUCAUAAAAAAACUAGUGUCUGAAGCAGAUAUUCAACGCUAUAGGGCUCAGUUUGAAAGGAUCUGCAGAAAGGAAGUGGAACCCCUCGGAUUAGAGAUCAUGAAGGAUGUGACCAUUGCAAAAUCAGGCUUUUCUCCACAUGAGAAAAUAACUGCAAAAAUCCAGAAUUUUCAGAAUGAUGAAGAACUCUUCAGCUACUGCACUCUGCCUCAGAUUGUUAAAUAUGUCGAGUGUUUCACUGGACCCAAUGUCAUGGCUAUGCAUACAAUGCUGAUAAACAAGCCUCCAGAUUCUGGUAAGAAGACUUCUCGCCAUCCCUUCCAUCAGGACCUGCACUACUUUCCAUUCAGGCCUCCCAAUUCCAUUGUCUGUGCUUGGACUGCCAUGGAACAUAUUGAUAGAAACAAUGGCUGCCUGGUUGUGUUACCAGGCACGCACAAGGGCACUUUGAAACCACAUGACUAUCCUAAAUGGGAGGGGGGAGUUAAUAUUAUGUUCCACGGUAUCCAAGACUAUGAUUUAAACCAACCCAGAACUCACCUUGUGAUGGAGAAGGGAGAUACUGUUUUUUUCCAUCCUCUGCUCAUUCAUGGAUCUGGAAGAAAUAGAACUGAAGGGUUCCGGAAGGCGAUUUCCUGUCACUUUGCCAGUUCUGAUUGCUACUACACUGACGUGAAGGGUACCAGUCAAGAAAACAUUGAGAAAGAAGUCCAAGUCAUGGUAGAAAAAAAAUAUGGUGUUGCCAAUGUCAAAUUAAAGGAUGCUUGGAUGAUGCAAGCACGGCUUGUGAAAGGAAAAAGAAUCAAUCUUUGAAGUAUUCCUCAAAAGUCAACACCAGGUGCCUACGGAGAAUGUUAUUAUAUGAGAAGUAGUGAUCAUACUAAUAUGAAAAAGCACUUUGUUGUAUGCAGUAUUAUCUGCAUUGCAUUUAUAUUGUUUUGACAAAUACAAAGACUAAAAUGUGUAAAAAGCUUAACUUAGUGUCACACCUGAUAAAAAUUCGGAGUAAUCCAAGUCUUCAAAAAAAGGUGGGGGCGGGGAACAACCACCAAAGCACCUCUUAGCCAAAAGAAAAUCUACCAAGCUCAGAAUCUUUGUAAUUAUAAGCUAUGUAGGUGCCAGUAAAAAGUUAUGACUGAUUGUUUUCAUAGUUAGAGGAAAUCUAUUGCAGGUGCUUCUUUAGGAGACAAAGGCUAAGAACUUGUUCUAAGCAGAUAGUUCUUUGAUCAGUGGAAGAUUGUGGAAUAAAGUAAAGACCUGCCUCAUUCCGCAACCGAUUAUAGUCCAACAGCACCCCUCCUCCAUUACCUUUUUAAAAACUGUAUUUCAUUUAUUCCUUUCUCCUUUUCUGACCCUGAAGAAGAAUAGGGCAACAUCCUCUGAUGAUUACCUUUGUAUUCUUCUCAGUCAAGAGAACUGAAAAUCUUCACACCUAGGACUGGUGUUAGGGUUAGGAGAUAGGGAGCUUAUCAGAUCAUUUUGAUUUUAGGUCAGAGUAAACAUGGCCUGGGUGAUUUCUUGUAACUGAUCUUCGAGUUUCCAUUUCCUUCUUCACUUUUGAAACCAGGUGAAGGUAGUAAGGAGCCAUAUUUCACAUUCAUUUUCCAAUCAGGACAAGGAUAAUUUCCUUGUAUUAAAGCAGGAAACUUCUCCAAUCAGUUUAUGCCAAUUUUGGAACAAAGAUGUUUUUGAAAUAAAGUUAAAUAGUGGGGGGGGGGGAAGCAAAUGAA